AUGAGUAUAAGCCUGAAAGCCAACGACAACAGCCGACCAAUCACGAACUUCCACGUCAGCAUCCAGAGCCCGGAUGAGUGCGGCGCCGGCAAGAUCGCACAUGGUAUCCGUGGCGAGGAGGCCCCCAUCAAGCAAGAUGGCGUCACGGUGACGACCAAGGUCAACGUGGACUGGACCAAGGUGCCCUUGCGGUGGAGGACGCCCUCCUGCGGCUGUGUCACCAUCAGGGCUACUGUGUGGGAGUCUGACAGCGUGUACCAUCAGGACGAGGGCGUGGAGGGGCCUCUGACCCGUACUCUCUGCAUCGUCGUACCGGACACUGAGUCCGAGACCGUGGACAGUCUUGAUGUUGAAGAUGAAGUCGCUUCCGAGACAGAGGUCGAGGAGGCUGAAGUCCAAGGUGAAGACAUUGAUGAGGACGAGGAGGAUGAAGACCCAGAAGAAGUCUUCUGGAGGUCACCUUCUGUUCCCAAAGUCAAGAAAACCGGCAGUUGCCGAGGCCAGGACUGCCCGCUGCACCCUGUGUUCAUCGCCCCUCGUGGGUCCGACACGGAGCUGGUGGAUGAGGUCUGUCUCCUGCUGCAGAACAAGCCAGUCAACCAGGAGGAUAUGCCUGCUUCUCUCACCAACAGGAUCCAGAGUCUGGAGGUUUGUUGCGAGAUGGAAGGCGAGACACGUUCUACCUGCAUCAAUGACCUUCGCAGCGAAAAUGUUAAGGACAUCUGCGAGGUCAGCACUAAGUACACCCCCCACGGCCGGUAUGGACUCUCCCAUCCCUGCUGCACUGGGAACAGCGAUGAGAGGCUGGAGUGCUUUGACCAGGAGAGGAAUGGUGGCUUUGACAGCACCCUGCACUCCGUGAACCGCACAGAGGAGCUGGUCAGGUUCCACAUGACGAUGAAGAAGAUCGCCCGGCUGCCCUACAUGCCCCGUAUGGAUGCCUCCAUUGUGCAGAGGAAGUGUGAGUGGAUCCUGAGCCGCAAAGACGACGCCAGGACACCGCACCAGUUCAUGAAGGGGUACUACAAGUCCCAAAUGAUGAAGUAUGAGGUUUGCUGUAUGAAGGAGAGUCAGGAAGACAGGAUCAGCUGCGUGGAGGAACUCCUCAGGCAAAAGGUGGACAACUACUGUGUGGAUCGUUCUCUGGACAGGGAAGACCCAACUAACCCCCGCGCUCUCGAGCCCAUCAACCCCUGCUGUCACCAGCCCAGGAGCGAGCGUUACGAGUGCUUCCACCAGAUCGCAAACUCCAGCUGGUCUGGGAAGAACUCUUCUAGAACCUGCUACAAGUUCCUGAUCAAGAACUACCGGACUGCACGCCAAGUCUGGCUCGACAACAUCAAGCCGGUGCUGAGUUCAGAGGAGCAUGGAGUACUGGUCUCCAAUAAGCUGUGGUGCAUGAGCGAAGGCAAGAAGAGCCGCAGUGUUCCGUGGUUCAUCGCCUACAGCAAGUUCAUGGCCCCCCGCGGCGGCAACACGGUUGCCGUGGACAACAUCUGUGACAUCACCAUGGCAACGCUGACUGGCGAGGAGCCUGACCUGGAGGAUGUCCCUGCAGAGGUGUUCGAGGAAGAAGAGGAAGAGGAGGAGGAGGCCAGUUCUGCUGAGGAGAGUUCUGAAGAGUCAUCUGAAGAAGAAGGCUAUGGUGGGAAGUCCCGUUGGAUGAUGAUGAAAAAGAUGAAGAAGAUGAUCGCCAAGGCCCCCGAGGAGAUGAGGCCCCGCCUGAUGAUGAAGAUGAAGAGGAUGAUGAUGAAGAAGAAGAUGGCGGGAAAGAUGGAGAACAUGCGCGAACUGUGGACCCAGAGGAGGGACCAGCUGCAGGCCUGCUGUAUCCAUGACGACCGGGAAACCUGUUUCAACGACCUCCGCAGCCAGCAUGCUAAUGAGGUCUGUGUGCAUGAUGAGAUCACCGUAGAGACGAAGGGCGCUGUACCGAACCCCUGCUGUCAGCUGUCAGGGCAGGAGAGGAGUGAGUGUAUGGACCAGCUGAGGAGCGGCCCCAGCGACAGCCAGAAUGACUUUACUGACGUCGUUGCUCAGUUCAAGACCCAGAGAGAGCUGCGUGCACAGAGCCAACCUGAGAUCAUGGGGUGUGAGCGUGUGAACAUGCAGGUCCAGGGAUCCUGCUACUGCCAGAAAAUGAACAUCUACAAGAAACACAAGUCCUCUGACAGCAAGAGUGGCUAUGCCGGCAAGAGCGCCUACGCAGGAGAGUACAUCCAGAACAUCAUGACCUACGUCUGGUCUCCUAUUGAUAUGAGUGUCAGUAAGAUGGGCAAGGACCUUAAGACCUGUUGCCAGAGUGAGACAGAGGAGGAACAGAACAACUGCUUCAUGCAGACCCGAACCGAGCAGGUUAACUCUUACUGUCAGCAGCUACAGGUGAGGGGGAGGGGUGGAUGGAUGGAGGGAUGA